CCGGGUAUUCAUUAGUGUUCUCACAAUCGUCGAGCAAGCAACAUGAACGGACUUAAAUCGGUGUGCAUUUUGGGCUUGGUUCUCCUGAGCUUGGCUGCCUUCGCUUCUUCCGAAGAUAAGCAGAUUGUCGGUGGAUCCUCCCAGUUGGAGGGAGAUCAACGGAAGGAGGCUCUUGAUCUUUUGAAUGCUACCCUAGAUCAGUUGGCCACUGGAAAUGGACCUAGCUACAAGGCUAUCAACGUGACCUCUGUGACCGGUCAAACCGUGGCUGGAACUCUCAACACCUACGAAGUGGAGCUGGAGAAUGGAUCCGACAAAAAGCAGUGCACCGUGAAGAUCUGGACACAGCCUUGGCUGCAGAAGGACGGCACCAACAUCAAGAUCAAGUGCACCGGUGACGAUGGUGAGGUUGACAGUACCUGGUAAAAAGGUUUUCCUUUUAAAUUGGAAAUAAUACAUCUCCAAUCUCUCUGAAAACUUGUUCUUUUUUGGACCUUUGAAAAAUAAAUUCGCCUAUGGUUGUAUAAUCCUAAA